GUUGUAAAUUGUGUCAGGUCUUUUUAUGUAUUAUCUACUAAAGCCCCUAACAGAAAAGUUCCCUUAGAGAGUAGAGCUGGGCCCGAGUCUGCCUCGAUUCUUCCUCUUCGCCAACCGUGGCCAUAUUGUAAAUAUGGGUCGUGUGAUCCGAGGCCAACGAAAGGGUGCUGGCAGUAUUUUUACGUCUCAUACAAAACACAGAAAGGGGGCUGCCAACCUCAGGGUUCAUGACUAUGCCGAGAGACAUGGAUACAUCAAGGGUGUAGUGAAGGAGAUUAUCCACGACCCUGGUCGAGGUGCUCCUCUAGCUGUAGUAGUUUUCCGUGACCCUUAUCGUUACAAGCUCCGCAAGGAAUUGUUUGUUGCCACUGAGGGCAUGUACACUGGUCAGUUCAUCUACUGUGGCAAAAAAGCUGCUCUUCAGAUUGGUAACUGCCUCCCUGUCGGCAUUAUGCCCGAGGGUACCAUCAUCAGCAGUGUGGAGGAAAAGACUGGCGACCGUGGCAGACUUGCAAGGACCUCUGGGAACUAUGCCACUGUGAUCUCUCACAAUGUUGAGAAGAAGCGUACCCGUGUUAAGCUUCCGUCUGGCAUCAAGAAGGUCAUCCCCUCCUCAAACAGGGCCUUGGUCGGUAUUGUUGCUGGUGGUGGCCGUAUUGACAAGCCCAUGCUCAAAGCUGGCCGUGCCUACCACAAGUACAAGGCCAAGAGGAACUGCUGGCCACGUGUCCGUGGUGUGGCUAUGAACCCUGUUGAACAUCCUCACGGUGGUGGUAACCAUCAACAUAUUGGUCACCCCUCAACUGUCAGACGUGACACUCCUGCCGGUCGCAAGGUCGGUCUUAUCGCUGCUAGACGUACUGGUCUGUUGCGUGGUGGACAGAAGAUCCUCAAGGGAGACAAAGAAAGCGAGUAGACUCCAAUUCUGUGCAAUAAAAUAAUAACAACCUUGGA